AUGUGCGAGCUCGGCACGCAGGCUCAAGUGCUUCAAAACGUGUCGCCUCUCGCGCUCGCGAUGCGGGCACGGUCGCUGACCGAAGGGUCGCAUAGGUUCUUGCACAAGUGUGCGGCUUCCGGCAACACAGACGCCUGCUACAUUCUCGGCAUGUUCUCUAUACUCACACCGGUCAUCUUCUCCCUUCUCCUGCUACAGAUUAAGUUCUACUGCCUCGGGGAUCACCAGCACGGAGCCACGCUAUUGGCCAAGGCGGCGCUCGCGGCGCACCCGCACGCGCUGCACUCGCUCGCCGUCAUCCACUUCAACGGCAGCGGCGGCACGCGCCACGACCGCGACCUGGUGGCGGGGGUUCUCCUCUGCGCGCGCGCCGCGGCCGCGGGACACGUGGAGGCGCUGCGGGAGCUGGGGCACUGCCUGCAGGACGGGUAUGGCGUGCAGCGGGAUAUUCCCGAGGGCCGCCGGAUGCUGCAGGAGGCGAACGUUCGCGAAGCUGCGCGCGCGCUCGCCUGCUCCGUGGCGGUGCCACGGUGUGUUGUUCCGCCAGUAGUCCCGAGCGGCUCUCUGUCACGGAUGACUGGGAUGACUGGGACGAGCGGGACGUCUGUUUGUGGUGACGUGCAGGCGUCACCCGCGACUCUCCCGGUGGCUUCAGUUGGCGCUGGCUCUCCUGACUCAUCUGGAAACGGUGCAGUGGGUGCGAAAGAGGGUAGCAGGAAGGGCGAGGUGCAUGAUCCGAGACCCCAUGUGCUGACGCGUGCUGCUGCGGUUUCAAGCGCGUUUGCACGCCACCACGCGUGUACCACGGGUUCUUGGAGCCAAGGACGGAGCAUUGACGCGCCUGGCGUGUCUGGCGCGCCGCACCAAGAGGAGAUCGUACCCCACCGCGCUUCCUCCGGUUUGAGAGUCGACUUGAGCGUGCUGCAGACCCUGCAAAGCGCCGAGAGCGUGGCGAGACAAAGCGAAACGCAGGCCUACGAGGCAGGGGGGAUGGAGAGAUUGGAGGGUGAUGGGCAGUUUCUGCAGCAGUCUGGGGUGCAGCCGCUGCAGAAUCACCAGUCUGAUAACCAGUCCCAGCACGCGCAUCAGUCUAGCAUCCAGCACUCAGAAGCACAAGUACCUGGACGCGGUACCCAAGCCCCUGUUGGUGCAGAUGCAAGUGAAGCUUUGCCCCACGCAGAGAGGCCUCCUGUAGCCAUGUGCUCGGGGUCUAGUGGGCCCCACCGCUGCUGCUGCCUGCCACAUGUCACCCUGCCGCCCUCCUGGUGGCAUGUCGCCGUGCAUAAAUUCAUGGUGGACUGGCAUGCGCUCGUGCCACUCCCUGAGGGAUUCAGAGUGUGCUGCAAUGAGCUGUGCGGGCGAUCGGAAACAAGGAAACAGGAGUUCCGGUGCUGCUCUGCGUGUGGGGAGGCUAAGUAUUGCAGCCGCGUGUGCCAGGCAGUGGACUGGAAGGCCCGGCAUAAGGUGGUGUGUCAGCUUAUUGCUGCUAGGGUGCAGCAGGAGCAGGAAGUAGCGGCACAUGUGGAUUUGCUAAGACGGCAGGCACAGGGCCAAGAGCAAGAGGAUCAGCAUCGGCCUCAGCAGCAUGAUUACCCAAUGCAACCGGAUCAGCAGCAGCAACUGGAUCAACAUCAGCGGCAGCAGCAGCAGCAGCAGCAGCAGGUGCUGCAGCAAGUGAAUAGCAUUCAGGGUGAUCAGCAGGAAGUACAUUAG